AUGGAUGCAACUAGCAGUGCCCAUGCCAAUUCUUCCAAAAGAUCCUCAACCGCGCUUGACAAUAUAGCCAUUGCAGCCAGGGGCAAUGAAAUCAAAGGUCUCGAAAUCUAUCAAAAAACAACGGACCCAGGUCCACACAGAUUUGAGGAGCUUUUGUCCCAAAUGUACGCCGACCAACCCAGUGGAGGCACAGACAUGACCUACGGAGCGACGGAAACCCAUCGUCUCCGUUUUUGGAAGGCAAACACAACCAAAACAUCCAAAGCUCCGUUCAUCGUCUUCGUCCAUGGAGGUAGUUGGCGAUCAGGAACAUAUUUGGAUUCUGUUGGCUCCGCCAAAGUUCGCCAUUUGACUGAACAAGGUUAUGCAUUCGCGAGUAUCAACUAUACACUCUUUCCCACUGUGACAGUGGAAGAACAAGUACAAGAGAUAGCCAAUUCAAUCAGCUAUCUAGUUGCAAACGCAGCUCGUCUCUCCAUCGAUCCCAACCAAGCCAUCUUCAUGGGCCACAGCUCCGGCGCACACGUAGUCUCACUGCUGGGGACAAACACAAGCUACCUCGAGCGAGCGCGGGUCAACAUCUCCAUCGUGAAAGCCGUCAUCGCCGUGGACGCGUCGGAUUACAACGCUGCCGCCGAAAUUCUUGAUAAUCCGGGCCAAAUUGCGGACCACAUGACAGAAGCAUUUGGGACGGAUCUGAACCGACUACGUGCCGUGUCACCGACGUGCAAUGCGCGUGCACCCAAUGCCGGUGCAUUCCUGCUUCUGCAUUCCCAUCGACAUGGGGAUAUUCGACAGGCUGUUGAGUUUGUUGUGGCGCUAGAGGCUGCGGGUACGGAUGCGGACUUGCAUGUGUUUGAGGGGCAGGGAUUUGAAGGCCAUAUUCAGAUUCUGCUUCGAUUGGGAGAUCCGGUAUAUCCUGCGACGGCAGUUAUGGAUAACUGGCUUAAGAUGAAAGUUCCGGUGAAUUGA